AAACUCUUCAACAAUUAAUAACUUUAAAAGCUGAAGAUCCUGAAUGGGUAGUUGUACCUAAUAUUGAAGAUGCUGAUCCGGCCAUGGGCGCAGCCUUGAAAAAUAUGUGGCCUACUACACAUCAUUCCCACUGUAUUUUUCAUCUUAACAAUAAUUUUGUUAAGAAACUUAAACCAAUUAUGGGUAAAAGCUUUGAAGAGUGUUAUUGGCUUUUUUAUUCUUUUCGCAAUAGUUUGCUUGAAAUUGAUUUCGAACAUCGUUGGAUGCGAUUUGUUGAAUUU